GCCUUUUUACAGCUAGACCGUGUGCAGCAAGGAGCGAAGACCCUCAGUGUCCCCUUCCUUACCCAGGUUCCUCACAGAAUGGAUUCCCAGCGGGAGCUUGCAGAGGAACUCCGGCUUUACCAGUCCACCCUUCUUCAGGAUGGUCUAAAAGAUCUCCUGGAGGAGAAAAAAUUCAUCGAUUGCACCCUCAAAGCAGGCGACAGAAGUCUUCCUUGCCACAGACUGAUAUUGUCUGCUUGCAGUCCUUACUUCCGUGAGUAUUUCUUAUCUGAAAUUGAGGAGGAGAAAAAAAAGGAGGUCACGCUAGAUAACGUGGAUCCUGCUAUCCUUGAUUUGAUCAUCAAAUACCUGUACUCUGCCAGUAUCGAUCUUAAUGACGCAAACGUGCAAGACAUCUUCGCCCUGUCCAGCCGCUUCCAGAUCCCCUCAGUCUUCACCGUCUGUGUGUCUUACCUUCAGAAACGACUGGCUCCCGGUAACUGUCUGGCCAUCCUAAGAUUGGGUCUUCUCCUUGACUGCCCAAGACUCGCCAUUUCUGCCCGGGACUUUGUCUCAGAUCGCUUUGUGCAGAUUUGUAAGGAAGAAGACUUCAUGCAGCUGUCUCCGCAGGAGCUGAUCUCAGUCAUUUCAAAUGACGGUCUCAACGUAGAAAAGGAGGAAGUGGUGUUUGAGGCCGUGAUGAAGUGGGUGCGGACAGACAAAGAAAACAGGGCGAAAAGCCUUAGCGAAGUGUUUGAUUGUAUUCGUUUCCGCCUUAUGGCAGAAAAAUACUUCAAAGAUCACGUCGAGAAAGAUGACAUAAUUAAAAGCAACCCCGAAAUCCAGAAGAAAAUCAAAGUUCUAAAAGAUGCUUUUGCAGGCAAACUCCCGGAACCUAGCAAAAACGCAGAGAAGGCAGGGGGCGGCGAGGUGAACGGUGAUGUCGGGGAUGAAGACUUACUUCCUGGUUACCUCAAUGAUAUUCCCAGACAUGGAAUGUUCGUUAAAGAUCUCAUCCUCUUGGUCAAUGACACAGCUGCAGUAGCUUACGACCCCAUGGAAAACGAGUGUUACCUUACCGCCUUAGCAGAGCAGAUCCCCAGAAAUCAUUCCAGUAUCGUUACCCAACAGAAUCAGAUCUACGUGGUCGGAGGGCUGUACGUGGAUGAAGAAAAUAAGGAUCAGCCCCUACAGUCGUACUUCUUCCAGCUUGAUAGCAUAACAUCUGAGUGGGUCGGACUUCCUCCUCUACCAUCAGCCAGGUGUCUCUUUGGUUUAGGAGAGGUGGACGACAAAAUCUACGUGGUCGCCGGCAAAGACCUCCAAACAGAAGCUUCUCUAGACUCCGUCCUAUGCUAUGAUCCUGCGGCUGCAAAAUGGAGUGAAGUGAAAAAUCUUCCUAUUAAAGUUUAUGGCCAUAACGUGAUUUCCCAUAACGGGAUGAUCUACUGUCUAGGCGGAAAGACAGACGACAAAAAGUGUACAAACAGAAUGUUUAUCUACAACCCCAAAAAGGGGGACUGGAAAGACCUGGCUCCGAUGAAGACCCCUCGUUCCAUGUUUGGAGUGGCAAUCCAUAAAGGCAAAAUUGUAAUCGCAGGGGGUGUCACCGAGGACGGUCUCUCUGCUUCAGUUGAAGCUUUUGACCUCAAGACCAAUAAAUGGGAAGUGAUGACGGAAUUCCCCCAAGAAAGAAGCUCCGUCAGUCUGGUCAGCCUGGCCGGGUCGCUGUACGCCGUCGGCGGUUUUGCAAUGAUCCAACUGGAAUCGAAAGAGUUUGCACCCACUGAAGUCAAUGACAUAUGGAAGUAUGAAGAUGAUAAAAAAGAAUGGGCUGGGAUGUUGAAGGAAAUACGUUAUGCUUCGGGAGCUAGUUGCCUAGCAACACGCUUAAAUCUGUUCAAACUGUCUAAACUAUAAACAAGGUGACAAAAAUAAUCGUUUGAGAAGUGGCUUGUUGGGACAAGAGGCCUAUAAUUUAUUGUCUUUCUUUAAGCCUGUACAAUGAUUCAUGUAGAGUCUCUGAGGUUGACAGUGUAGCCGGAUCUCAGAGUCACUGCUUGUUCCAAUGCCAAGUAUAGAACCGUUUGCUAAGAGCUUUAGUGUUCAGCUGAACAAUGUACUUUUGUUAAACUUUACUCAAAGAUGUGGGCUUUCUAACUCUGAGCUGUUUACUAAGCCUUUGUAUUCUUAAGGUACAUUUACACUCGUUUUCUAUUGUCAAUGAAAUGCAUAUAUCUACAUUCUAAAGAAAUGUUUGAGUAACAGAACCCUUUCCUCACGUUGUGAGCUAUGACGGAGAUCUUGUGCAUUAUAAUGAAGAUGACUGGAAAUGCUAUUUAAGAAAAAUAAUAAAUGAGUUUCAUCUGAAGGACAAAGUGUCUAAUCAAAUCCAAAUAGCCUCCCCCUGCCCCUUUUAAAUUUUUAUUUUUAUGUGUAUGGGUGUUUUACCUGAGUGUAUGUCUGGACACUACUGCAUGCCUGUCAGGUGCCCACAGAGACCAGAGGGCAUCAGAUCUCUGGUGACUGGAGUUAGAGAUGGUUGUGUGUUGCCAGGUGGGUGCUGGGAACCAAUCCCCGGACCUCUGGAAGAACAGCAAGUGCUCUCGACUGCUGAGCCAUCUCUCCAGUCCCUUUUUCCUUUCUGUAACACUGGCAUAUUAGUUCUCCCCAAAUUAAAAUGUAGUAUUUUGUGUGUAUCUGUAUACAAUGUAUGCAUGCUUGCACGUACCACCGUGCAUGUGUGGAGGUCAGAGGGCAAGCUCAAGUGUCAGUCUUCCCUUCCCACCUUCCAGAGACACGGUCUCCUUGCCCUUCUCCACUGUGGACCGCAGGCUAGCUGGUCUGCAACUCCUGUGUACACCCCUGCCUGCAUCCUGUCUUCCUAGAGGAGCACUCAUGCUACAUGCCAGUCUUUUUCUGUGGGUUCUAGAAUCUGAACUCUGCUUUUGAGGCAAGCAUGCUUACCAGCUGAUCCAUCUCUCCAGC